CUGCGCAGCUGCUGAACUGAGCGAGGCGACACUCCCUCCCUUAUUCCGAUACGAGCUGGACCGACUCAAGUAUUCACCGGAACUUCAGCCUGUGCGGCUGUCACAGUUUUAAAUAGGGGUUCGGUCCAAUAUGGCGGCAGACGGAUGGAAAUACUGAUGACAGUCCGAAAGAUCGCCUCGAUUUGUACGAUGGGCGCCAAUGCCUCUGCUUUGGAAAAGGAGAUUGGACCGGAACAGUUCCCUGUUAAUGAACACUACUUUGGGCUGGUCAAUUUUGGCAACACCUGCUACUGCAACUCAGUGUUGCAGGCACUGUACUUCUGCCGGCCCUUCCGCGAGAAAGUACUGGCCUAUAAGAUCCAGCCACGACGUAAAGAGAGCCUGCUUACCUGCCUGGCUGACCUGUUCAACAGCAUUGCGACCCAGAAGAAGAAAGUGGGAGUCAUUCCACCAAAGAAGUUCAUCUCCCGGCUGAGGAAGGAAAAUGAGUUGUUUGACAACUACAUGCAGCAGGAUGCACACGAAUUCCUCAACUACUUGCUCAACACCAUUGCAGACCUGCUACAGGAGGAGAAGGGCCAAGAGAGACAGCAGAAUGGAAAGGUUGUGCAGAACGGUGGGGGUGGAGGAGGCGGCGGCGGAAGCGGCAGCAGCACAGGAGAGGGUGAAAUGGAGGAAAAGACCCAACAGACAUGGGUGCAUGAGAUCUUCCAAGGCACGCUGACCAAUGAGACACGGUGCCUCAACUGUGAAGCGGUGAGCAGUAAAGAUGAGGACUUCCUGGACCUCUCAGUAGAUGUGGAGCAGAAUACCUCCAUCACACACUGUCUUAGGGGUUUCAGCAACACAGAGACCUUAUGUAGCGAAUACAAGUACUACUGUGAGCAAUGCAGAAGUAAACAGGAAGCUCAGAAAAGGAUGCGGGUGAAGAAAUUACCCAUGAUCCUUGCCCUGCACCUAAAGCGCUUUAAGUAUAUGGACCAGCUGCAUCGCUACACCAAGCUCUCCUACCGCGUGGUCUUCCCUCUGGAGCUGAGGCUCUUCAACACCUCUGGGGAUGCCACUAACCCUGACCGAUUGUACGACCUAGUAGCAGUAGUGGUGCACUGUGGGAGUGGUCCAAAUCGAGGUCAUUAUAUCACUAUAGUGAAGAGUCAUGGCUUCUGGCUUCUGUUUGAUGAUGACAUUGUAGAGAAAAUAGAUGCCCAAGCAAUUGAGGAAUUCUAUGGUCUGACAUCGGACAUCUCCAAAAACUCUGAGUCAGGGUACAUACUCUUUUACCAGUCUAGAGACUGAGCCAAUGGGAGUGACUGACAGAAUGAGAAAGUGUGAUUUGUGAGAGACAGGAUCAGGCAGAUAGGGAGGCUUGGGCUUUGUUGACACGGCCCUACACUAUCCCUCUCAGUCAAGUCCCUUUUCAUCCAGGCUUGUCAGUGGAGCUUUGCACCAGAGCAUCAAUCAGGCCCCAGACAGGAGCAGUUGAUGCCAGUGUGACCUGGACACAGCACAGUAAUCACCAGGUGGAAGCAAUCGCCUUCUGAUUAGCCGUUGUCUCACUCGCCUGCUUUGUGUUGCUCAGCACACACAAACGCACAUAUACUCACAGUUGUGAAAUGAGCUACAUGUAUGUCUUGAAGGCCUGAGAAUGGACACUGUACAAACUUUUUCCCCGCAACACUGUAAAAAGGUUAAUUUUGAUUGAGGUAGCUUGAUGAUUGGGUUCACUAUUCAGUAUCACAUUCAUCGUGUGUUUCAUGAUCUGUAUUUUGGCACAAUAUAAUGGCCGAUCAAGAAAGCUGCAGAACGGUUCUUCACCCUACAAAAAAAAAAAAACUCUCCACAGAUGUUCAUCUGCAAUGUCAAACAUGGCACGCUAUUUAACAGCCAGGCAAUCAGUUAGUUAUAAAUGUGUUCCAAUAACCAAUAACUCAUGUUGCUGUUGUAACUGAGCAAUGUAGAGCUGCUCAACCUGAUAGGGUUUUAAGCACACACUUUUAAGCACACACUGGAAGGAAGCAUUUGUUUGUCAAGAAGUUCACAAGUGGUGUUACGCAGGGCUUUUGAAAACCUCACUAUGGACUAAUGAGUGCUCUGUGGGGACUAGAACAGUGAGUGUGUGUAAAGGAUGUUUCUUGGCUUAAGAAUGCUCUUUCAGUAUUCAUUGAAUGUAAAACAUUCUGCCAGUUAUGGUACACUGCAAGUGAGUGUAAAGCUUGGAUUUGAUUGUGUCAUACAGUGCGCACACUCAAUGGUGCACUAACUGUUCAGUGUAACAGAUGGAAAUAGAAAUUAGGGCUUUAUGUUAUUCUGAAUCUAAGUUGGAGCCCAUUGAUGGCUAUUAUAUUGAAACCAAAAGCUGCAAACACUUCCAGUCAUAUUUUACUAAGACUGUGGCACUGCUGUGAUAUUAAGAUUAAUGCUGACUCAUUCAGUUUUCCCCUUCUAACAAUAGAAAUGUUGGAUAAAUCAAACAUACUUGUUUCGACUAGGGCUCCAUUAGACACUCCAUUACAGAGACUUAUUCUAUGAUUUAUUAGGCAGAUUGAAUUAGCUGCAUCUAUUCCGUGUCAUGUUAAUAACUCUUCCCUAGAUCUCUAUUGUGUUCUCCUCUGCCCUCUUAAUAACAUUUUAACUGAACAUAGCCAUAGAUGGUAAGUGAAGCACAACGGUAUGCUGAAAUGCAGUUUAGGUCUGUUUGUAAAUGUCAGGUUUAAGCUGUGAUUUGCUUGAUCUUGUUAAAGAGACUAAUGCGUUGCUCAUUUGUGGGUCCAAUAGUGCAUACGUAGGAUGAGCCACUUCUCACAAUUGGCUCACAGCUAGUAAAUAUUUACAAGCAAACUAGGCCACCUGUGAUUUGUAUAUUUUUGAGGAAAAAAUACACCAAGCAAAAUUUGGUAAUGUUUAAGAACAGGCAAAAUACAUACUACCGAGCUAGCACAAGUUUCAGUUUUUGCUGAUAUUUUCAAACUCACAAAAUUGUUUUCCAAGCCCAAUUGUAUCCCUUCCUAAUAGUUCUGACUAAAAUGUAUGGUUAGAGAAUGAAAAUUGUAGCUUAGUUUGGGGGUUUGCUAUGUGAACUACACUGGCUUUAUUUGAUUGAUUGACAAGAAUGCGCUUUAAUCUGUGAGGGGUCGUAACUGACAGUGCUGCUGAUUAUUAUCCAUACAUUUUGUAAAGUCUACUUGGUAUCAGUGCAUGCAUGGUAUAACAACUCUUGAAAUGGUUAUAAAGCAUGUAUAAAGAUCUUAUAACAAGACAUAAGUGUCUUCAAAGAGGUAAGCUUUUUGCUGGUCAGUGAACCUACUGGUAUCACCUGACUUAAAGGGAUAGUUCACCCAAAAAUGAAAAUUCUCUCAUUAUUUACUCACCCUCAUAAUAUCUCAGGUGUGUAUGACUUGUUCUUCACCAGAAGACAUUUGAAGAAAAAUAAACAUUUCUCAGCUCAGUAGAUCCUUAAAAUGCAAGUGGAUGGAGAUUUCUCUUUUGAAGGUCCAAAAAUCACAGACAGUCAGCAAAAACUUCAUCGAUACGACUCCAGCUGUUAAAUUAAUGUCUUCUAAAGCGACACAAACGCUUUUGGUGCGAAAGAUAAAUAUUGAAGUACUUUUUUUUUUUCUUUUUUUUUUUUUACUCUAAAUCAUGCCUCCGGGCAGCAGUAUGCGCGUGUGACGUAAUUACAUUGGCAUUUGAAACAUGCAAGACCUGAUGCACGUGACACACAACCGGAAGAGCAGCGCUGUUUACAAGUGAGAAGGAACACUGUACAGUACCUAGGUUGGUUUUGGUUUAGAUCUGUAUUUCUGUUUCUUUACUCACAGUGGUGCGUUUGUGUGCUUAUCCUGGAUGUCUCAACCGAGUGGGGAAUGUGAGAUUACAUCUGUUUCCAUGGUAACGCGAAUACAUCACACGAGAGGACGCUUUGACUCCAGCCUCUCCUGAAGCAUUGGAUUAUAGUUAAAAAGUACUUAAAUAUUUAUAUUUUUUCACACCAAAAGCAAUCGUGAUGCUUUAGAAGACAUUAAUUUAACCGCUUCAGUUGUAACAAUGAUGUUUAUUCUGACUGUAGGUGAUUUUUUGGAGCUUUACAAGAGAAAUCUCCAUUCACUUGCAUUUUAAGGACCUACUGAGCUAAGAUAUUUUUCUAUUUUUCUUCAAAUGUGUUCUGGUGAAGAAAGUCAUACACACCUGGGAUAUGAGGGUGAGUAAAUAAUGAUAAUUUUCAUUUUUGGCUGAACUGAAGUAGACCCAAAUAUGUGUCAAACUGACAUUUGUCAUGUAAAUUACUCAUUUACACAUGCUAUGGAGGAGUGUUUGUAGAUGUGUCUUUACAUUUGAAUAAGGCUUCUCCAUGCAAACUUAACUGGAUAUUUUCUUUUUUUAAAUUGGCUUGUGAUCUAGUAGUUGUGGGAGCAGAAACAUUUAUUUGGGCUCUUUUAUUUCUUUAUUUUAUUUAUGUGUAAUUAUAUAUGUUAAAUAUUACUUUUCUUUGAUAUUCUAAUGUUUUACAUUUUACACUUGAUUUGGACGUGGACCAGGGCUGUUGUAUGUUAUGUGGGGAGAUUGUUGUAGCAGAACUGUAUGGGUGAUCGUGUUUGCUUGGAAUGAUCUGAUUAAUGCCAUAAGAUUGGGGGGAAAAAAAAGAAAAAACACACACGCAUCAUGUUGUUUAUAGUCAUAGAAACAUUUAUGCACUGAUUGCAGUAACAAUAACCAGAGUGCUAGCUAGUUUUGGCGUUACCAGUCAGACAGAAACAAAAUUUAGAUGAAUACAAUCAAAUGCCAUGUCAUGCUGACAUUCAGGUAGAAUUUGGAGUGGCAUUAGUUUUAUGUUUCAUUCCCAGCCCUUCCCUUAACAUUGUGUAAUAAUGUUUAUUCCAUACUGGUUUCGAAAAAAAGUGCACUUUUGAUAAAGCAAUGUACAAAUUGUAAACCAGGUGAAUGUUCUGGUUUUGGAGUGGACAGUGUGGAUGAAAGAUGGGACUGGAUCACCCUGUCCCUAAUAAAAACAAACAUAAACACACA